AUGGAAGAUAAACAUUUUGGAUGGGAUGAAAUUUCUGAUGGAUUGAUUUUAUUAGGUGUACAGAAAACGGAAGAUGAACAAAUUAAAAGGCAUAAAGGACCGACAGAUCCCAUUCCAGAUUCAAAAGUGUACUGUCCACACGCAUAUUUAAUGUUAAAUUUUCAUGAAACUUUAAAUCAGCGUGAAAAGAUACGAUUCAGAAGACAUUACUUGCGCAAGAUAUCUCCGAAUGAACCAAAUGUUAUUAUUUUACAAGAUAUAAAAGAUCUUGUACUGUAUUUGUUAGCAACUCCUGUUAGUCCACAAUUUAUCGUUUUUUUUCAUCUACCAAUUGUGGAUCGAUUCUUAAGAGCCACAAUUAUUUAUUUUCAAUACUAUAUAAUAAUAUGGGAAGAAUUAAUGGAGGAACGUGCAGCUACUAUGAAGAAAGCACCAAAUCCUUUAGCCCAAGGCUAUAGAUCCAAAUACGCUGACGAUAUGCAAAACCUUCGUUGCGUAUUGGGCAGAGAAUACGCUGAUUUAAUAGUAGGUUGUCAAGACAGCAUGCAAUACCAUCAUAUGACUGGAGGCAAAAAAGGACUGGCAUCUUUAAUUCAAUCACAAGGAGAGAAGGAUUUAAGAAUGUUUGAAGUAUUAAUUGGCGUGACACAUCGUGUAGUUUGGAUAGCCUUACAACGUAAAUUCUUUACUUUAAUCGAAAUAGAGUUGCAUAGAUUAUUCAGAAGUGAAGCAUACAACAUAGCUAAAAGACGAACUUUUAGUCAACUUGUCUCAGAUAUGUUGGAAGAUGAUACAGCAGUAUUACAAGGGCCUAAAAUACAAGAAAAACGAAGAUUAUUAAGAAAUUCUCCUGUUAUAGCAGAAUUAAUAUACUCAACUUGCGAUUAUCGUCUUCUAUCUUUAGGUAUGGAAGAUAACACCAAUGGCGAACGAAUUAUUUAUCUACAAAAUGCUCUGUUAAUCGAGGAAGAUAAGUUACAUAAGUUGGGUAUCAAAAUAGGAAUUCUGGGCGAAAAUAGAGAUAAGUAUGAUUUGAUGUUGAUGCCACUGGAAGAGGAAAAACCCUCCGAUAUUCAAAUAUCUGACCGAGCCACAUAUGAAGCAAUGAAAAGUAUAAAGGAUGCAUCAGAUUUAAAUAAGGGAACAACGAUUAAGAAACUUCCAUUAUUUCAAACUGAAUUCCAUGUAACUAGUGAUUUUCCGAUUGAGGUAGGCAAUAUUUCACCAAGUGGCUAUGAAACUAAUUGUAAAGAAGCAAGAAAAAAAUGGUACAUGAGGGAAAUGAAACGUCAUUAUGUUAGAGACACAGACACAUAUUCCAUAAUGACAAAUUAA